AUGCUUCUGUUAACUCUGCUUCCAUACACAGCAUAUGAAGCUCUUACAGCAACAUGUAAUGUCCAGUAUCCAGAACACCCACUUCACAGCUAUUGUCAAUCUGGAGAUCUCAUUAUUGGUGGUAUCGCAUCUCAUGGUAUCUACCUCUCCUAUGCCAAAGAUUUCAUAAAGGAACCUCCACCAGCUAUGCCUGAGGAACUUACAAUACUUCCCAAGAAUUACCAACACAUCCUGGCUUUGGCCUUUGCAGUAAAGCAGAUUAAUGAAAACCCUCAGAUUUUACCGAAUAUCAGCUUGGGAUUUCAUAUUUAUGACAAUUAUUACAAUGCAAAAUGGACAUACCAUUCCACAAUGCUGCUUAUAUAUACACUUGAACAAUUUUUCCCAAAUUACAAUUGUAACAUGCAGAAUAAGCUUCUUGCAGUGAUUGGUGGACUGGAUUCUCUUACUUCUCUUGAUAUGGCAAUUGUUCUGGAUACCUAUAAGAUUCCUCAGCUCACCUAUAGUCCCACUCCAGUGAAGAAAGACAAAUCUUCUGGUCUUCCUUUCUACCAGAUGGUUCCUAAGGAAGAGCUUCAAUAUGAAGGGAUUCUGUCUCUACUUUUACACUUCAAAUGGAUAUGGAUUGGGGUGGUGGUUAUGGAUACUGACAAUGGAGAGAGAUUUGUACAAACAGUGAUACCCAUGUUUUCCCAGAAGGGCAUUUGCUUUGCAUUCGUACAGAAAAUCCCUGUUAUAACUUUUAUUACUAAUAUCUCUGAAAUACUGUAUAAAGGGAAGAUGAUUUAUGAUAUAUUGACAUGUAGUAAGGCUACGGUGAUACUUGUUUAUGGUGAAUCUAAUUCAUUCGGAUUUUUUAGAAUACUCUCUUAUCAAUCAGAGGAAGAUGUAGAUAGUAAGCCUAGGAAACCCUUAGGAAAACUAUGGAUCAUCACAGCCCAAAUGGAGAUUGCAUCCUUUGUAUUUCAAAGAGAUUGGGAUUUAGACAUGUUUCGUGGCUCUCUAGCUUUCAUGUUUCAUUCCAGGGAUGUACCUGGAUUUCAUCAGUUUAUAGAUAAUCGAAACCCUUUCACUACAAAAGGAGAUGGUUUUUUCAAAAACUUCUGGGAGCAGGUCUUUGGCUGUGUAUUUCCAAGUACAUUUGUGGAUGAAAUGGAGGAACCUUCUUGCACUGGAGAUGAACAACCCGAGAACCUCUCUUAUACCAUUUUUGAAAUGAGCAUGUCUGGCAAUAGCUACAGUGUCUACAAUGCUGUUUUUGCUAUAGCCCAUGCUUUACAUGCUAUGCACAUAGCUGGAUUCAGACACAGGACAAAGAUAGAGGGUCAACUGAAGCUACAUAACCAACCAGUUUGGCAGCUCCAUCCAUUUUUGAGACAGGUCAUGUUUAAUAAUAGCAUUGGGGACAAAAUCACCUUUGACCCAGAUGGAAUGUUAGUGGAUGGGUUUGAUAUAAUAAAUUUUAUUCUUUCCGAAAAACAGUCAAAAGUGAAAAUUGGAAAGAUAGGCCCUCAGUCUCCUGUACACCAAACAUUCAUAAUUGAGGAAGAUGCCAUAAGAUGGAACAGUAGGUUUAAUCAGACUACUCCUGUUUCCCUAUGUACACCUAGCUGUAAUCCAGGUUCUAGGAAGCAAGUAACAGAAGGGAGACCAUUUUGCUGCUACUCUUGUAUCUCAUGUCCCGAAGGGAAAAUUGCAGAAAAGGAGGAUAUGAACGACUGUUAUAAAUGCACAGACAAAACAUAUCCGAACAAAAAACGUGAUUUUUGUAUUCCCAAAACUGUAACUUUUUUGUCUUAUAAAGAGCCACUGGGUAUCUGCUUAUGCACUGCAACACUUUUCUUUUCAUUAAUCACAGUUUUGGUGCUGGGAACAUUUAUAAAGCACCAUGCCACUCCCAUUGUUAAAGCCAACAACCGGGACCUGACCUACAGCCUUCUCAUCUCCCUUCUGCUCUGUUUCCUUUCUGCAUUGCUCUUCAUUGGUCAGCCUAAUAAAGUGACUUGUCUUCUCCGCCAAACUGUGUUUAGCAUUGUGUUUUCAGCAGCUAUCUGUUGUGUCCUUGCAAAAACCAUCACAGUCAUUUUAGCUUUCAUGCUUAUCAAGCCAGGAUCCAGAAUGAAUGAAUGGUUAGGGAAAAGACUAGCUAUCGCCAUUGCUUUUUCUUGUUCAUUUGUUCAAACUGGUAUUUGUACCUUUUGGUUGGGGACUACUCCACCCUUCCCAGAUGAGGAUUUGCAUUUGGUAACUGAAGAAAUUGUAUUAGAAUGCAACGAAGGGUCAGUGAUUAUGUUUUAUUGCGUUCUGGGUUAUAUGGGCUUUCUAUCCAUUGUGAGUUUCAUAGUGGCAUUUUUGGCCAGGAAAUUACCUGACAGUUUCAAUGAAGCCAAAUUUAUCAGUUUCACCAUGUUGGUCUUUUGCAGUGUUUGGAUCUCUUUUGUUCCAACCUAUCUAAGCACCAAAGGAAAAUACAUGAUUGCUGUGGAGAUCUUUUCUAUCUUAACAUCUGGUGCUGGGCUUCUAGUUUGCAUCUUUUCUCCCAAAUGUUAUAUAAUUAUUAUGAGGCCUGAGCUGAACAAUAAACAAUACCUAAUAAGAAGAUGA